CCAAAACCAACAAACCCCUAUCUUAUUUGUCUGAUUAGAAUUGUAAUUUUUUUAGCUCACCAAAUUUCUAUUGGAUUCAUUAAUUGACAUCAAGAACUAUCCAACUCGAAGCCGCCCAUAUCGAGAAAGAUACAACAAAAGAUAAUUUUUCCUUCCCUUUUUCCUCCAUUGUUGUCUGUUUCCUUUUAAAAUUUUCUCCUUUUUAAAACCAAGCCUACACCAUUAAAUUUUCUGUGAAGAAGAAGAGGUCCAAGUUUAAUGCUUCUGAGAAAACAAAGAAAUUGAUUCACACACACACGUGUGUGUGUAUAUAUAGCGUGUGAAGAAGGCCACAUGUUUGAGGUUUGUUUAAGAAAAUGGAUAUGAUGUAUUACCCACUUGGGAGAUGCUCUUAUGAGGAAUCCAUGAAGGUUCUUGAAGCUGAUAUACAACAUGCCAAUGCUCUGGCAGCUGCAAUACCUAGAGCCAACGAUGGUGCACGAUUUCAAAUGAAACUAGUUUACAAUGAAUUGGCACCUCUUGUUAUGUUCUUGCUACAAUGGAUUGAUUCCUCUUGCACUUGCCUCUUGCCUAGAUACUUGAAUCUCGUUCAUGUUCUAGUCUACAAGGUAUAUACAGAUGGAAGACCAAAGAUUUCUAGACGUGGAAGAAAGGCAACGAUAAACGACUUCUAUGCUGUCAUACUGCCAUCUUUGAGAAGGCUACACUGCGAUUUGGUGGAUGAUGGUGACUCUGCAGGAGUUUGCUUGAGGAUGGAGACAUCUGACCACAAGAAAACGAAAAACGAAGUUGGAUUCUCGAAUCUUGAUUUAAAAAGAGAAGAUGAAUGCGGGAUUUGCUUAGAACCUUGUACAAAAAUCGUCUUGCCAAAUUGCUGCCACGCAAUGUGCAUCAACUGUUAUCGAGACUGGAAUACGAGGUCGGCAUCUUGUCCGUUUUGUCGAGGUAACUUAAAGAGAGUAAAAUCACGGGAUUUGUGGGUUUUGACGUGUGAUGAUGACGUUGUGGAUGCGGAUCUUGUUGUGGAUGAGGAUUUGAUGCGUUUGUACCUCUAUAUCAAUAAUCUCCCGAAAGAUAAUCACGAAGCUAUUUUCUUUAUGUACUAUGAAUAUCUAAUAUAAUGUAAAAAAACACUAGUUCGUGUUACAGAAUGUAAGAGAGAGACGAAAAAUACACUGAGCAUUAAAAUGUAUAUAGAGUUUGGCAACAAGGAAUUAUUGAAAAAAUAUACAUGAAGUGAAAUACACCGACCGUUAAAAUGCGCAAUUGGUCAAUUCUAGGG